CACAACAAAAGCGCGUAAAAACCACACCCGCGUAACUUCGAGCUCUCUUUACUUACUAUUUGUGACCGAAGCACUCCCUCUCCGACUUGGUUCUCUAUACAGAGGAGGGCCUUUGUGGACCACGAACUGCUCCGUUCGAAAUGGAAGUGAUCGGGUGGUUGGUCUUUCGUCGUCCCGGUGGGGAACAGUCUGUCCGGAUGGGGACGGCUUCCGUCUCUUUAAGGGCUGUCAUGGAGCGACCAUCCAUUGGGGGUUUCCAAAGAGGGCCUCCUCCGCGAUGGACCUCCGCGACGGACUGCUCUGCAGGGUUCGCCCAAGCUGGACUUCAGGUGCGACUGCUCUGCAGGUGACCUCUUCUGGUGAGAUUUUCGUGGCGGGUCAUAGCAAAGGUGCAUUGGAUGGGAACGCCAACCUGGGGGAUGCAGAUCUCUUUGUGAUGAAGCUGGAUCCCUCCGGUGCAUGGCAGUGGACCCUGCAGCGUGGCUCGACCGAGCUCGACGAGGUCGCCGCGCUACAGCUGGACCGGCACGGUGCCUUGAUCUUGGCGGGCUCCACGAAAGGAUCGUUGGAUGGAUUCGCGAACGCAGGUGUUGACGACCUUUUCGUCAUGAAGCUGAAUGAGACCAAGUGGAUAUGGACCCAUCAGAGAGGCACCAGGUAUGAAGACCGUACCACUGCUUUGCAGGUGACCUCGGAUGAGAUCUAUGUGACUGGGUACACCAAAGGAUCCUUGGCUGGCGUGAACCUGGGCGAGUCGGAUGCCUUCGUGAUGAAGCUGGAUUCGUCCGGCGACCUUCUGUGGAUCGUGCAACGGGGAUCCUCCAUGCACGACGGUGUGCUGAGCAUGGUGCUGAACAGUGGCACGCUCUUGGUAGCGGGCUUCAGUCAAGGCUCGUUGGAUGGAUCGGUGAAUGCCGGGCUGGAUGACUUGCUGGUGAUGUCCUAUGACGUCAAUGGUACCUGGUUGUGGACGCAGCUGGAAGGCUCUACAGAGUCUGAUGUGGCCACAGCGCUGGCAGUGACCAGCCAGAACGAGG